AUGCGUUCAGAAAUACAGAAGACUGCUGCCGAUGGCACGAUGGUGCGACUCAAUGAUAUUUCGAAAGUAUCAAGUGUUGUAGAGCUCUUAAAGCGUGAGAAAGAGCACAUAGCGGCAGCGUUUCGGAUAUUCGCAAAGAUGGGGUUUGCAGAUGGUGCAAGUAGUCAUAUCAGCCUUCGAGAUCCAACCGACCUAAAAACGUUUUAG